AUGUCCGGCUUUGACGACCCCGGCAUUUACUACAGCGACAGUUUUGGGGGCGAUGCCUCGGUGGACGAGGGGCAGAUUCGGAAGUCGCAGCUGCAGAAGCGGUUCAAGGAAUUUCUGCGGCAGUACCGGGUGGGCACGGACCGGACGGGCUUCACCUUCAAAUACAGGGAUGAGCUUAAACGGCACUAUAACCUGAGUCAGUACUGGGUGGAGGUGGAGAUGGAAGACUUGGCCAGCUUUGAUGAAGAUCUCGCUGACUACCUGUACAAGCAACCAGCGGAGCACCUGCAGCUGUUGGAAGAAGCAGCAAAAGAAGUUGCAGAUGAGGUCACUCGUCCUCGUCCUUCAGGGGAGGAAACUCUGCAAGACAUCCAGGUGAUGCUGAGAUCGGAUGCCAACGCAGCCAACAUCCGCAGCCUGAAGUCUGACCAGAUGUCUCACCUUGUGAAGAUCCCUGGGAUCGUAAUUGCAGCAACCCCGGUGAGAGCCAAAGCCACCAGAAUAGCCAUCCAGUGCCGCAGCUGCCGCAACACCAUCAGCAACAUUGCGGUGCGCCCAGGCCUGGAGGGUUAUGCUCUCCCCAGGAAGUGCAACACAGAACAAGCCGGCCGCCCAAAGUGCCCGCUGGACCCCUAUUUCAUCAUGCCAGAUAAGUGCAAGUGUGUGGACUUCCAGGUCCUGAAGCUGCAGGAGUCCCCGGAUGCCGUGCCGCACGGGGAGAUGCCCCGGCACUUGCAGCUGUACUGUGACAGGUACUUGUGCGACAGAGUUGUCCCAGGGAACAGAGUCACUAUCAUGGGCAUCUACUCCAUCAAGAAAUCUGCCCAGAGCAAGAACAGAAGCCGUGACAAUGUGGGCGUGGGCAUCCGAAGCGCUUACAUCCGCGUGGUGGGCAUCCAGGUGGACGUGGAGGGCUCAGGACACAGCUUUGCUGGCUCGGUGACCCCUCAAGAAGAGGAGGAACUUCGUCGCCUUGCUGCCAUGCCCAACAUCUACGAGACCAUCGCCAAGAGCAUCGCACCCUCCAUCUAUGGCAGCACCGACAUCAAGAAAGCCAUUGCCUGUCUCUUAUUUGGAGGCUCUCGCAAGAGGCUCCCGGAUGGGCUGACACGCAGAGGAGACAUCAACUUACUGAUGCUGGGUGACCCCGGAACGGCCAAAUCCCAGCUGCUAAAGUUUGUUGAGAAGUGUUCGCCCAUUGGGGUGUACACUUCGGGGAAAGGCAGCAGCGCUGCUGGCUUGACGGCCUCGGUGAUCCGCGACCCUUCCUCCAGGAGUUUCUUCAUGGAAGGAGGAGCCAUGGUGCUGGCAGAUGGGGGAGUGGUGUGCAUUGAUGAGUUCGACAAGAUGCGGGAGGAUGACCGCGUGGCCAUCCACGAGGCCAUGGAGCAGCAGACCAUCUCCAUUGCUAAGGCAGGAAUCACAACCACACUCAAUUCCCGCUGCUCGGUGCUGGCAGCUGCCAACUCCGUCUUCGGGCGCUGGGACGAGACCAAGGGCGAGGAGAACAUUGAUUUUAUGCCCACCAUCCUGUCCCGAUUUGACAUGAUCUUCAUCGUCAAGGAUGAGCACAACGAGGAGCGAGACAUGACACUGGCCAAGCAUGUGAUGUCCUUACACGUGAGCGCCUUGACACAGACCGAGGCCGUGGAGGGUGAGAUCGAGCUGAACAAGCUGAAGAAGCUCAUCUCCUUCUGUCGGACGUGAGUGAGGGGCAUAACUUUUUGGCAGUGCCUGGGCUGCGUGGAGGGGGGCAGUGACGAGAAGCGAGCCAUGCAACCGGUAUUUGCAAGUGGGGGUGUCAGGGGUUGGGGGGAAGGAGAAGACCCUUUGGAGCCACAGUAGAAAGCAGGGAACAUCUCCUUUGGCCACAGGCAGCUGGAGGCCAUCGUGCGCAUUGCCGAGUCCCUGGGGAAGAUGAAGCUUCAGCCCUUCGCCACCGAGGCAGACGUUGAGGAGGCCUUGCGGCUCUUCCAGGUGUCCACGCUUGAUGCUGCCAUGUCAGGCAGCCUGUCAGGGGCAGAAGGCUUCACAACACAGGAGGACCAAGAGAUGCUGUCCCGCAUUGAGAAGCAGCUCAAGCGCCGCUUUGCCAUCGGCUCUCAGGUGUCGGAGCACAGCAUCGUUCAGGACUUCAUGCGGCAGAAAUACCCAGAACAUGCCAUCUACAAGGUGCUGCAGCUGAUGAUGCGGCGGGGGGAGAUCCAGCACCGCAUGCAACGCAAAGUCCUCUACCGCAUCAAGUGA